CUAUCCACUAUAGUAGCCCGCGAGCAAUACAAACAUAAUAGUGUGGCCCGCGAGGCCGACAACCUUGGACUACCCUGGUAUACACUAUACACUAUUCUUUUGUGUCACAGAUAUGACGAAUUCGCUUUAACUUAAUUGUUAAACUUGCCUAAAUAUGACCACGGUUCACCAACCAGACACGAACACCGGAGACUGCAACUUGGAAAAGACGCUCACAGCGUCGUCUGGCGGCGGCAAUAAAAAAUAGUAGUUGCAUCGAACCAAUAUGCUCAUUAACCGAACCAACUAAGUAGGUAGUUACCAUACAUGAUGGCUGCUACAUCAGGUGGUCGGUAUUGCCUGCAGCGUUUCAAAAGUUUUCAUUCAAGAUCGACUGCAACAAAAAAGUUUAUAAGAAGAAUCAAUGUUAAAGUUACAGGUGACAGAUAUGAAGCACAAAUUAUGGAUGGGAAUGCAAUGGCUAAAGAAAUUCGUGGAGAGGUCAAGAAAGAGAUUAAUGCAUGGGUUGAAAGUGGUAAACGUGCUCCUCACUUGACUGCUGUUCUGGUAGCAGAUGAUCCAGCUAGCCAAGCUUAUGUGAAAAAUAAAAUGAAAGCUUGUAAAGAUGUUGGCAUUACAAGCAAUACUGUUCUCAAGCCUGGAUCAAUUUCACAAGAAGAAUUGUUAUCACUGGUUGAUGAAGUAAAUCAGGAUAAUACUGUUGAUGGCUUACUUGUUCAGCUACCUCUUCCAGAACAUAUUGAUGAAAGGACAAUAUGUAAUGCAGUAAAACCAGAAAAAGAUGUUGACGGUUUUCAUGUAACAAAUGUAGGAAGGUUAUGUCUUGAUAUUCCCUCCAUUCUUCCUGCAACCCCUGCUGGAAUAUGGGAACUGCUAAAAAGAACAGGAGUUGAAACAUUUGCAAAAACUGCUGUUGUUUGUGGCAGAUCAAAAAACGUGGGAAUGCCGAUUGCAAUGCUAUUACACACAGAUCACAGACAUGAGAGACCAGGAGGUGACGCUACUGUUACAAUAACUCACAGAUACACACCAAGAGACCAGUUGAAACUUUUUACGAAAACAGCUGAUAUAGUAGUUGUAGCGGCAGGAAUACCUGGAUUGAUAACCGCUGAUAUGGUGAAGGAAGGUUCAUGCAUUAUUGACGUUGGAAUUAACAGGGUCAAAGAUGAAAAAACAGGGAAAACAAAACUGGUUGGAGAUGUUGAUUUUGAAGGUGUCAAGAAAGUAGCUGGCUAUAUAACACCUGUACCUGGAGGAGUUGGUCCUAUGACUGUAGCUAUGGUGUGUAAGAAUACAUUAUCUGCGGCCAAGGGAGAAAUAGAGUUUUAACUCAUUUCACAAUUGCACAUAUCACUGUAGUUAGUGAUCAGGCUCAGGAAUCUAUUUUUAGUAUUUUAUUACUAAAUACUCUUGGAUAUAACUCUUCAAUUCACUUCAAAAUUAAAUAUUCUCUCAUGUUGAAUUUUAUCACAUUAUUUAUGUCGACUUUUGCCUUUCUGAAAUAGAGGUGUUUGAAUUAUUAUAAUCAUUUCAAUUCGGCUUUAGUAGAGCAUAAAAUUGUCACACUACAGCCACUUAUUCAUCGUAUUUACUGCAUUUAGAGUAGUAGUUUGAAGAUUGAUUCUGUAUAGGUAAACUACAUUUAAGCAAGUGAACCAACCGAUCCCUAAAAAAUUGUGUGUAUUAUUCACUUGUGACAGUAUAGUUAUCAAAUUUUUUAUUUUAAUGAUGGACUAUUUGUAUUAGUACCUUUUCUUUUUUAGUCCGUAGUGCUUGUAUAAUUUUUUCUUUAAUUUGCAUGCAUGAGUUUCAUCCAUAAGUUUCUAUAAUUGUUUUUAAUUGUGAUAAAUUUUUUCUUCUCGCCAUGUUCAUGUUAAGUUCCAAGUCUGUGAAGUUCCAGUAGAAUUAGAUUUUUUUAUUUUUUGGAGUUUCUUUUUAUAACUAUGAAAAUGUAUUGCCCUCAUUCUACUGCUUUAGUAAAAACAAUUCUGGUACAACAAUAUCUUUUUAGUAAACAUUGCUAUUCAACAAAUUUAAUCCUAACAAACUGGACAUUUUUAUGAAAUGUUUUAUACCCGACUAUCUAUGGUUGAUUUUGAUCAUUAUGUGGUUUGAAAAUCUUUUAUGAUAUUAGCUGUAUUCAUUGGCCAGCUAAGUCUCGUUAAUGAAUGAUGUCUUGAAGUAAGUUGUAUUUUGAAUCGUGUUGUAAUUAUGUCUUGUCCAACGGGAUAAUGUUCAGCAUUUUCUUUGUUUUAUUUGAUAGUGACCAUAUUGAUUGUGAAGUUUCUUUUAAGUAAAAACUAAUCAAUUUAUCAUGAUGAGAAUCAUGAGAAUCUUUGCGACACACUUGAAAAGUUGGAGUGAAUGAAGUACUACUUACAAGAUAAAUUACAAAUGAUUCACAUUUUUGUUUUAAUUAUUUUUCUGCAAAUCUGCAAAAUUUUUCUCACCUUCAUAUACAAUCAAUUGAUUUUAAAAUUGAACAUUUAUACACAAUUUUCUCGCUUAUCCAAAUUGACACUGUGGAGUUAAAAGUCGUGCAGUCUUAUGUCAGACGUAUAAAACAAUGCUCCAAUUUCACAGUCCUGGUUAUUGUUGCACAAUAACUGAAAAUAGUUAAACUGGUUAGAGUAAUUUUUGAGAAAAUGACGAGUUUCCUUUGUUGCUUUCGAUAUAAACUUGCAUUGGAUAAACAAAAUCUUGAACUUUCACUUCGAUUUGUGUAGAUAUUUUCAAUUUUUGCAGUGUUUGAUGUUUUGUUUUCAAAUAAUUUCAACAGAUCAGUGUUUGUGUAGCAUUUACGGUUUCAAGUUCUCUCUACAAAACCAAUUAUGUUUAUGCCCCUAAAUUUCAUUAGAAGAUUAGAUUAGAAUAUUACCUCAUUCUGUCCUAUAUUUUCAUGGUACUGGAAUUUCUCUAAUUGAUAUCUCACUAUUUUACCUGAUACGAUACUCUACUUUGUAACCCAGUUUGUACGAAUAAAAUUUCAGUUUCUUGCAGAACUUCACAAUUGUUUUAACAUAAAUUUCCCAUCUCAUAAUUGAGCAUUGAUAGUUUUGUUGAAAGUUUCUUCAAGUGUCUAUUUUCUGGGAGUAGAUAUUCUUCAGUGACCAAAUUUGUACUCUGCACGACUUAUUCUUUUGCUAUGGUAAUGGUUACCUUUUCCAUGUGAAACUGCAGGAAUUUUUGAAACUGAUAGCACUAUUUCUCAAUAAAAAGCUCUCAUAUUAGA